AUGGCCGAUGCUCCUCUCACCCGUGCUGCUGCUCGGGCUGCUGCAGCACCAGCCACACGACAAUCCAUCACCACUCCAACCGCUGAUCCUGUGACUACCCACACCCCAACCACGACAAAGGCCGCGAAAGGCAAGAAGAAAGUUGCUAGGAAAGCUACUUCUCGCACAAAGCCAAAUGUCACAGCCCACAAGGAAAUGGCCAAGACGAAGCAAACAGCCGCAUUGAAGACUACCAAAGCGGCAGCGGGGAAAAAGGCCAGGGCUGAUAAAGAGGCUCAGAAGGCGGUGCUUAAGCAAGUUGCCGAUGAGGAUUUCCCGCACAACAUCGGUCCCGAUAUGGCCCCUUUGUCUGCAACUAAGCCCUUUGGUCUGAACAAAGAAAACCAACUUUCCAGUGAUGCAGUCGACAAAGUUACUUCUGAACUGCAGGCUUCUAUGGGUGACAUGGUUAAUGGCAACCUCCAAGGCAACUCAGCUUCCCAAUCUCCGAAAAAAGCUGAGGCUAAGAAGGUCCGUUAUCGUCCUACUCCAGGCGUUACACCGUUCCCAUCUUGGACUCAUCCAACCGCCGAGGAGUGCGAAGUUGCGAAUAAACUACUCUCUUCGGUCCAUGGAGAGGUCAUUGCUCCCAAAGUCAUCCCUCCUCCAUCUCUCACUGUCACUGGUUGUGGCGAAGUCCCGUCUGUGCUGGACGCCUUGAUUCGAACUCUACUCAGUGGGGCUACUACAAGCAGCAACUCCGCUAGGGCAUUUAACGGCCUUGUGCAGCGCUUUGGCAUUCUCAAUGAAGGGAUUGGCAAAGGAAGCGUUGACUGGGAUGCCGUUCGUCGAGCUUCAAUGCAGGAUGUCUUCAAUGCAAUCAAAAGUGGUGGACUGGCCACUAUGAAGAGUAUGCACCUCAAGAAAAUCCUCGACCUUGUGUAUGAGGAAAGCCAGCAGCGCCUCGGCCCUCUGAAAACUGCAAAUAGCUUAACUACCCCGACCAAGGAAGACCCAGACGCACCCAACCACAGUCUGGAAGUGGACGAGGAGUCCAAGCUUACUGGCCCUAUCGCAUCUACUGAAGUAUUCAAGAUGCCCACGGAGUAUGAAAUCGCAUGUGCUGACCAGAACUUCCUCUCCCUGAACCACCUCCAUAGCCUUUCGUCCGAGGAAGCCAUGAUUGAAUUAACAAAAUAUCCCGGGAUUGGGCCCAAGACUGCAGCUUGUGUCCUGCUUUUUUGCCUUCAGCGUCCCUGCUUCGCAGUCGACACCCACAUCUUCCGCCUCUCCAAAUGGCUUGGCUGGAUUCCACCUACAGGAGUCAACGAAGUCAGCGCAUUCAACCACCUGGAAGUCCGAGUUCCGGAUCACCUGAAGUACUCUUUGCACCAGCUGUUGAUCCGCCAUGGAAAAGACUGCCCUCGUUGUCGCGCCAUUACCGGUGAGGGGGCUGCAGGUUGGAAUGAUGGAUGUGUGAUUGACCACCUCGUGAAGCGAACCGGCAAACGCAAGGGAGCCUCCUCCGCCCCUACCAAGGUCGAGAAGAAAGGGAAGGCAAAGACUGCAGUCAAGAAAAGGAAAAAGAAGACUUCCACUGAUACUCGUCCUGCAAAAAGGGCCAAAACCGCCGCUCUGCCAGCUGCCACUGCUGAUACGGACGAGACUGAGGAUCCUGAGCUUUCUGAAGUUUCGGAUACGGUGCUUGAUGAUGUUUCUGACUGA